AUGCCAGUCAAUUGGACCAGCGGAAAGAGGCUCUUGACCGCUUCUGAUUACCCUACCAUGACCGUGAACAAUUCAGACAGCUGGCAAAGACAAAACUGCAACAAGCUAUUCUCCAAGUUUACCUUUGCCUCUCAUAUCAAUCAACCUCCACUGAGGUCUCGAGGCUUACUAGAAGAGAACAUCGUUCCAGAGCCUUCAACUCAGCCAGCAAGCGCAGCCAACUCAACAGUCCAUACCCAAUCUGGUAAAUCCCGUGAACUUCUCACGAAUGCAGAGAAGAGAGAUAGUCUUUUGAAAAUGAAAAGUUGGACCUGGCUUCUAAAGUCAAAUGAGGAUCCGAUUGCAAGGCAAGAUAAGAUUGACAAUGGCGUGAUAUCACAUCACUUAUCGAGAUAUAAUGGUGAUCAUGCAUCCAAAGCUGAUAUGAAGAAAAUGGGGUACCAAAAUGACGGGCCAGAGCUCUCUUUACCUGUGUCUUCACCAGGCAUUCGAGAAGGUGAUCUGACCAGAGAAAUCAAUGGCAGCCACACUUCUCUCUCAAACAAGACUGACCGACAGUCAGACAAUGAUUUACCAUCUUCGACCAUUGAAGAAUCUGAGGGGUCGCAGAGCGCGGGUAAGGGCAUUCCUCAUCAAAUCAUCUCCUAUAAGGAAAGCGAACACUAUUCCGAAGACCAAGAAAUGAAGGUUCCUCUCGGCUACGAUUCUGUUUUCAAAGAGCCGGCGCCCAGUUCACAAAAAGACGUAGAAGACACUUUUACAAAAUUUCCUGAAUCACCACUAGAGGUCAAGGGACAUCGCAUGCCUACUUUACAACAUAAAUACCAGACUAUACCUAGUCUCUUGAAGUCAAUCGAGGGUUCUCGACGCCGGCUUCCGAAAGUCACAUCAAAUGUCAUCAGAGCGUCAAACCUUUUUGUUCAAAUUUCUGAAGAAAUUCAUUCGAAUUCCAAAGGUGGAAAUUUUACCAAGAGAACUAUAUCAAAUUCCGAUACGAUACCUGAAAGAGACUUGCUUUCCUAUGAAUCUGAUAAAAGCUUUUCCGAAGUUUCAAACUUGGAAUUCAUCUCUUCACUUAACUCUCCUUCUCCUAAAAAAGAGCCAAUCAGAACCGAAUCAAAGACUAUCUCGACUGGAUCAUCAGAUUUAGAUUACCAAAAUGAUUCAAUGAUCCUUCAACCUAGUGAUUUUGGAGUAACAACCUCUCAGGAGGAUAUAAUCGAAUUUUCAGAUUCUGGAAUGAAUAGCACGAGCCGUAUGGUGACAGAAGAUCUAGAGGAUCCUUUGAUGGAAAUAAAUCCCAAUGUUAAACCAGUACCUACUAGGGAAGAAAGUGAAGGAGUACCUGAAACUCCAGAAUGGUUGAAACGAGAACAACAAAAUGAACGCAAGGCACUGUCACAUGAGAUCAACUAUGUUUUUCAAGAGAACAUGUAUGUUAGAAUUCAACCUGCGCCCAAGUCUUCCUAA